GACAUCAACGAGUGUCUAUCAGAUGAAGAUGACUGCUCUUCAAAUGCCACCUGUGAGAACACAGUUGGUUCCUACAAAUGCCAAUGCUAUCCUGGGUUCCAAGGGGACGGACACAUCUGCCAGGAUACCAAUGAAUGCAAGAGCGGAAAGCAUUCUUGUAGCACAUAUGCAUCAUGUGUGAACACUGAAGGCUCAUAUGAGUGUGAUUGUCUUCCUGGGUACCAUGGCGAUGGAAUGGCAUGCUAUGAUCAAGACGAAUGCAAGCUCCACAAGCACAACUGCAGCCAUCAUGCAAUGUGUAGAAAUGGCUUUGGCAAUUACGAAUGCCUUUGCCUUUCUGGAUUCCGUGGAGAUGGGUGGACUUGUGAUGAUAUCGAUGAAUGCAACACAACUAAUCACAAUUGCAGCAAUUAUGCACAUUGUAUUAAUGAUAUAGGGUCAUACAGGUGUAAUUGUCUUUCUGGAUUUCAUGGUAAUGGAUGGUCGUGUAGAGAUGUGGAUGAGUGCACAGACGACAAGUACCACUGCAGUCAAAACGCAAUUUGUAGUAAUUCCGUUGGGUCUUAUAACUGCACUUGUCUAGCAGGUUUUCGGGGGAAUGGAUGGUCUUGCAAAGAUAUAGAUGAAUGUAACGGAGACAAACAUAACUGUAGUCAGCAUGCAGCAUGCACUAAUUCCCUUGGGUCCUACAAUUGCUCCUGUCUCGCUGGAUUUGAGGGAGAUGGAUGGUAUUGCAAAGAUGUCGAUGAAUGCAAGGAGGAGAAGCACAACUGUAGUCAGCAUGCAGCAUGCACUAAUUCCAUCGGGUCCUACAAUUGCUCCUGUCUUGCUGGAUUUCAGGGAGAUGGAUGGUGUUGCAAAGAUAUCGAUGAAUGCAAGGAAGAGAAGCACAACUGUAGUCAGAAUGCAGCAUGCACUAAUUCCAUCGGGUCCUACAAUUGCUCCUGUCUCGAUGGAUUUCAGGGAGAUGGAUGGUCUUGUAAAGAUAUCGAUGAAUGUAAGGAAGAGAAGCACAACUGUAGUCAGCAUGCAACAUGCACUAAUUCCAUCGGGUCUUACAAUUGCUCCUGUUUCGAUGGAUUUCAGGGAGAUGGAUGGUCUUGCAAAGAUAUCGAUGAAUGCAAGGAAGAGAAGCACAACUGUAGUCAGCAUGCAACAUGCACUAAUUCCAUCGGGUCCUACAAUUGCUCCUGUCUUGCUGGAUUUCAGGGAGAUGGAUGGUCUUGCAAAGAUAUCGAUGAAUGCAAGAAAGAGAAGCACAACUGUAGUCAGCAUGCAUUUUGCAGCAACAUUGUAGGCUCUUAUAACUGCACUUGUCGCGAUGGGUUCCUUGGGGACGGAUUCUCCUGCCUUGACAUUGACGAGUGUAAGGCUGAAAGGCAUAUGUGCGACAAGAAUGCUGAGUGCACGAACAAAGUGGGUUCGUACGAAUGCUCCUGUCUUUUCGGUUUCUAUGGUAAUGGGCAUUCUUGUGCAGACGUCGACGAAUGUGGUGAUGGUAAUAGCCUGUGCAGUAAGGAUGCCAGCUGUGUAAACAACCCAGGCUCUUACAUGUGUUUGUGUAAAAAUGGCUAUUCCGGAAAUGGGACCCAUUGCAACGGUACGAUGGACUAAUAUAAAAUUUUCAGUGAUUAUUAAAAGUAAUCUGCCACUGUGUCGGGGGUAUCAGAAAUUUCUCUUUGUCAAUUGAAAGUAUUUAUUUGAAGUCUAAACUGCAGAAGCUGCGUUACAGCAGCAAGAUGGUACAGAACAGCACGUUAUACAUACGCAUAACCUUGUUACCAAAUACAUUUUAAAUACUAUUAUUUCCGGGUUCCUCAAAAAAUUAAAAAAUUAAUAGGCUAGAUUACGCAAUGUAUGGUCCAUUUCCCGAGAAGUUGCAAAAUUACUUUGUCUACUAAACUCCAACUCUAUUUUAUUUCCACUUUAGGAAACAAGUAGCUUAUGCAACGGAAGGGAAGGCCAUGAGAAAGACGAUAUAUUGAGAGGGAGAGAUAAUAAGAGCGAAAUAAAACAAUUCAAUACUUCAUGUUUUGAUAUAUUUGUUUCCUUUAUAAUGUCAUAGAUGUCGAUGAGUGCAAUGUUGGCACCACAACGUGUAACAGACAUGCUCGCUGCAAUAACACGCUUGGUUCUUACCAGUGUUCGUGUAUUGCUGGUUACUUUGGUGACGGGAGGAACUGUUCUGACAAGAACGAGUGCAUCCACAAACCUUGCGACUGGAACGCAGAAUGCAGAAACACCGAAGGUUCAUACAGUUGUAACUGCAAACCGGGAUUUACAGGCGAUGGAUGGUCAUGUGUGGAUAACGAUGAGUGCGAAGCAGGUACCCAUGACUGCCACAAGAAUGCCGAGUGUACCAAUUUAAGAGGCUCUUAUCACUGUUGCUGUCUGAAAGGUUACCAGGGAAAUGGUAAACAAUGCCGGAAAGGUAAGCUUUGUUUCAACUGUUCUUAG